AUGGAUGAAAAUUCGAGGCACAGUAGAUCAGGACCUGAAAGUCCACAAUCACCAUUGCUCAGAGCAGGCUUAGAGCAAAAUUCACCUGAAGCUUGGCAGGAGCGAUGUAUGGAACUUCAGAUUGAACUUCAUAGGACCAGAAGUCAAGCCACAAGGGUUCGAGAUAUGCUCCGUGAUAAGGUUCCCCCACCUACUGGCGCGAGCGAUCCUGCCAAAAAACCAGAUCUAUUGGACUUUUUUGUAUCAUCGGGUAUAAGCUCAAUUCACAAGGAAGUACGAGCAAGCUACGACUUAUCAUCUGACCAUAGUCCAGUAAUAGCCAGCAUAAGCACUUCGGCAAGAAAUGAUUCCUCAAUUGCAAACGAUUUAUGUGAUGUCAUCAGAAACAUAGAUGAAGACACUCUACUUUUAGUCAAGCCUCAUAUCUUGAUGGAAAUUUGCAAAUCUUUAAAGCUCGCAAACAACUCGGAUCGGAAAAUAGAAUUAAUUAAAGUAGCAAAAGUGUUAUUGGAUAAAACACCAGGAGGAGCUCUUCAACAGGGAGCAUCGGGUAACAGUGAUAGCAUUGCAAAUUGGGGUCGUGCGAUUGCUAUAGUAAUGGAAGAUGAGAAAAAAACUGAAAAUGAGGUGCUAACAGCAAAUGAUUUUCUAAAGCUUGUAAAUCCCGUGCAAGUUCCUGGAGAAAAAUCGGCAAAAGACUGGUCAAAAGCUGGAAAAUCAGAUCUCAUAGAGUAUCUUAAUGAGUCAAAACGUUCAACAAAAUGGAUGCAAGAAGCUUCUUCUAAAAUUGCUAAACUAUUUCCGCAUUUGACUCCGAUAAUUACUCAUGAACACCCCGAGGUUAGGUUGAUGCUUGUAUCAUGCUGCGAACUCAUACUAAAAUAUGCUUGGAAUAAUUGUGGGAUUUGCAACUCUGAUUUAUUGGUAAUAUUAUUUAGUUUAUCCAGAGAUGAAAACCAGAAAAUUGCGCAAGUCAGCGAAUCAAUUUUACAGAGCAUCAUAAAAGAAAGAGGUGCUAAAACUGUCGUGCGAGUUAUUGAAGGUGUUUUACAUAAACGGAUCUCUGACAUACCAAAUCUAAUCAAUACGAUUGACGAACGCGCCCUUAUGUCCUCAUUAGACUUUCUUAUCGGAGUUUCAAGUUGUUUAGGUAAAUUAGCUGAGGAAAUUUUUACUCUUCAAACGCAAGAGCGUUUAUUAGAUGUGCUGACAGUUGUUAUUCAAAUAGACAUAGCUGCCGUUUCUUUAGAUGAAAGUACGUCAGAAUUAGUGCUUUUGUCAGACAACGUAAAUCAUUUAUCUAUUAAAAAGUUGCCCCCAUUUUGCCACAUCUGUGAUAAUGAUAAAGAAAUCCUUGAAAAAAUUGAACUAUUAUGUUCUUAUUUAGGUUCUUGCAGCGGGACAUAUUUAAUUGACAUUUUAUUUACUCGCAUCGAGCACAUGGUUAAUACUUUAGAAUCAAUAAUUUUAUCAAAAUUUAUUCUAAAAAAAUCGGGUAGACAGUUUUUAGAAAUUUGCAAUAGCAUGCUCAAUUAUUGGCAAUAUUAUAACAUAUGGUAUUUACCAACCGAUAUUAAAGUUGAUAAAUCACAUGGGCUUGACUACAACAGCUGGUAUUACUCAGAUCGUACCCCAGGGUUAUAUGAAGGAAGCUUGGAAAUCCGGUAUACCGACAUGUCCAUCACAAAUGACGAUGAAAACAAAGAUCAACUUUUUUCUGAGUUCUGUAAAAAUUUACAUGAAGUAAAAUAUAAUACAUUGCUUAUAGCUUUGCAGUGUGAAGCCGUAGGAUCUAUGGCCAUUGUAAUGGGAGAGGACUUCAGACAUUUUUUUUUGAAAUAUCUGUAUCUAAUUAUUGAAAGAUGCGGCCAUCGCAGACAAUGUAUUCGAAAUUCCGCUUUUUCCGCUGCUAAAGAUUUGCAAACAUUUUCGAAAGUUGGUAGUUUUUCUGAGCUUAUAGAGGUUAAUGCAGAUUACUUAAUAAAUAGCAUAUCUGUUAAACUCAAUCACAUAAUACAUUAUAAUGCUCCUAAUACUGGAGUUCUAGAUGCUUUGGUGAUAGUGAUAGAAAAUUGCAAGAAUCCGACGCAUUUGAGGUCCUUUGCCGAUGUUUUAACAAAGUUGGAGGAGUUGGAUUUUAAGCAAAAAGAUGUUAUCAUUAGUUUACUGAAGGUGUACAAGGCAUUUGUAAAACAAUUAGCUUUUGUCCAUAGCACUUAUUCUGUGGCAUCUAAAAAAGUAGAGCCAUGCAGUACUAGUAAUCUAUUGCAUUCUAUUAAAGAGCUGCAACAGGCUAUUCAAACAGAACACGAUGAAAAUAUGAUAAAUAUUGAAGAUAUUAACGAAUCUGAAGCGUAUGAACUUACUUCAGAUGCAUGUAUGGAAGAAGAUGCUGAAAAAAACUUACCACCAGAUCACGUUACUUUGGUAUCCACAAUUUUAAAACGAAGCAUUCCAUUUGUAUCGUCAGAAAAUAAUUAUCAUAGAUUAUUAUCAUUAGAUAUAGUUCAUGCCGCAUUGCCGCUUUUGUCAGUGCACGAAGACACCUUAUUACCAGCCCUUCACGAAAUUUGGAACCCAGUAGCAUCGCGAAUGAGAGGAAGGACUGAUGCCGAAUUAAGCGUUUUAAGAAAGUCGUUUUCUGUAGCAUGUGCGCUAGCCUCCUUUGGGAAAGAUUUCUUGAGGCAACGAGCAAUCGGCAGUGUUUUGGCUAACGCAUUGAAUUUUCUGUUAUCAAAUGCUCAGGAAACUAAAUCAAAAGCAGAAUGUUCUGAAGCAUAUAGGCAUACUCAAUUAUUCAAAUUGCAACUUGAGAUACUUUCAGGUUUGGGAGAAUUAUGUUAUAACCUCCAGUUUGGAGAAAAGACUAGGUUCAAAGUUAUGGCGGCUAUAUAUAGAUAUCUUCAUGAGAACGCGAUUUCGGAGUUACGAGAAGCUGCCAAAAAUGCAUUUAUCAGGAUGGCAAAAGAUAAUCCUGCUGAUGUAGCACAUUUUUUGGCUACAAUUUGGCCUUUGCAAACUUUGUCUUGUGAUUUGGAAAGUUUUCAUUUGCAAAACUUUAGUACCAGUGUAUUAGAAAUAGAAAGAACAAUUUACGAAAGCUGGUGAACUUUAUAUUCAGUCUCCUUGGGAUUCACAUAGCGCAACGUUUCCGGAAUUAUUAUACCGAGGCACCUAAAUAAAUUCCAGA